AAUACAAAAAUACAAAUAUAGCCAGCUUUGUCGGAGUUGUUACAUUCCACUCCCAGAUUAACACACAACGGAAAGGUUUUCCGUACACUGGAUGUCACAUUUUAAGUCUGAUCGAGCCUCAGAAAACUCAAUUUUUCAAUUUUCGGCCAGAGAUAGGAAGUCCGGCGGGCGCAGAGUGGAAGGAUGGAGGAAUAUUCGCGGGAGCCGUGUCCCCAUCGCAUCGUAGACGAUUGCGGAGGAGCCUUUACCAUGGGCUGCAUCGGAGGCGGGCUCUUCCAGGGACUCAAGGCGUUCCGGAAUGCGCCGCAGGGCAUUGGCCGCAGGGUGGCCGGCAGUGUGGCUGCCAUAAAGUCCAAGUCGCCGGUGAUUGCGGGCAGCUUUGCGGCCUGGGGAGCCGUGUUCAGCAUCGUGGACUGCAGCCUGGUGCAUCUGCGCCAGAAGGAGGAUCCCUGGAACUCGAUCGUGAGCGGAGCAGUGACCGGCGGAGUCCUGUCAUCCCGCAAUGGUGUGGCCGCCAUGGCAGGCAGUGCCAUCAUCGGAGGCAUUCUGCUCUCCAUGAUCGAGGGUGUGGGCAUUCUGUUCACCCGGAUCACGGCGGACCAGUUCCGGAACCAGGCGCCGGUAACUGUUGCGGAGGCCAACGGAGGAUUCGGCGACUUGGAGACUUCACCUGGCUACGGAUACUCUGGUGCUCGGCAGGCCAACGUCACUAGCUAAAUUUAUGUUAUCGUUCUCCCGCCAAAGGAUCUCCUUCGAUUCUUUCUCAAGUGUCUGCGAUUUUGAAGCCACUUUAACGAUUUUUUUUAAAUUUAAACUGAAGCUACGGUUGGCACAAAAAAACGUUAAGUAUCGUUCUGCUGCAUUCACUGCCUGUCAAAAAUCUAUAAAGAAAAUCAAUUUACAAAAUCAAAAAUAAAUGAACAUCAAAAUUUUA